UUGCACAUCUGCUCCAUAAGCGGUUCUUGGUUGAUUAAAAAAACGGUGUUUACGCGAUCAUCUGGAGCAUUGCUUGAAAGUUUAAGUGUUUUAUAAAAAUAUAGAUGAAAGUCAAAUAGUUUUAAAAUUAAAAUUUAUGUUUUAAAAUGCUUGCCAAUCGAUUCACAUUACUUACGGUGAGCUCAAUUCUCUUACUCCUUUGUUGCUACAAUCCACCACAGUGUGAUGGUGCCCGAAUAUUGGCUGUAUAUGCAUUCCCUGGAAAGAGUCACUACAACAUGCAUUCGGUGCUAAUCAAGGACCUCAUACAAAGGGGCCAUCAAGUUACUAUGGUGGCAGCGUUCACAUUGAAACACUUGAACUUGGGACAAAAUUAUACAGAGAUUUUAAUCGAACCGGUCUAUGAUUUUUGGAGUGAUGUUAUUCCCUCCUUUGCGGAUAAUAUUUUUGCAUUCUCCAACAUGGGUAAUCUGGAAUAUUUCAAAAUGAUGGACAUCAUUGCCUUUGGCACCACCGAGCAUGCCCUCAAUCAAACCAAAGUUCAGGCCCUCAUCAAUGAACCCAAUCCCAAGGGCAAAUAUGAUUUGCUGUUGUGCGAACAAUUCUAUCAGGAACCCUUUUUGGCCUUAUCGCGCAUCUAUGAUGUUCCAGUGGUAACUAGCGGCACUUUGGGUUUUGAGACGCGCAUGAGUCAAAUGAUGGGUCUCAUUAUGCCCUGGUCUUUUGUGCCCCAUACAUUUUCUCCAUACUCUGAUCGCAUGUCUUUCACAGAAAGGCUACUCAACUCCUUCUAUUCUUUUACGGAGGAUUUGAUAAGAGAAUAUGAUUACUUUCCAAGAAUGGAUAAAUUGGUGCAGAAAUAUUUCGGCCAUCUAAAUGUUACCAUACCAUCAACUUCCUUGUUGGAGAGAAAUAUCUCCAUGGCUUUGGUUAACAGCUAUUCACCUCUAAGUUCACCGCGACCUUUGCUACCCGGCAUGGUAGCAGUAGGUGGUUUGCAUAUUCAUCCGCCCAAGAAGUUACCCACGGAUAUUCAGGAAUUUUUGGACAAUGCUGAAGAAGGAGCCAUUUUCUUUAGUUUGGGAAGCAACAUUAAGUCCUCCGAUAUGCCCUAUGAAAAAAUGCGCAUAUUUCUUGAUGUCUUUGGUGCCAUGAAACAGCGAGUCAUAUGGAAAUUCGAAAAUGAUACCAUUCCAGACCUGCCCAAAAAUAUACUCAUACGUAAUUGGUUACCACAAUCAGAUAUUUUAGCUCAUCCACGGCUCAAAGUAUUCAUAACUCAUGGUGGUCUCUUUAGCACCCAAGAGGGGGUACAUUACGGUGUACCCAUGUUGGGUAUACCCAUCUAUUGUGAUCAACAUUUGAAUAUGAGAAAAGCUGAAAUGAGUGGUUAUGCUGUGAAGCUACAUUUUCCCUCAAUUACCCGAGAAACUCUUAAAGAAGCUCUUGACAAAUUGUUGUAUACACCCUAUUAUCGGGAAAAUGUGCAAAGGGUCUCAAAUAUAUUCCGCGAUCGUCCCAUGAGUGCUAGCGGGACAGCUGUCUACUGGAUUGAAUAUGUCAUUCGACAUCAAGGUGCACCACAUAUCAGAUCGGCCGGUUUGGAUUUGAAUUGGUUCCAGUUCUAUUUGUUGGAUGUCAUAGUAUUUGUGACCAUAGUACCCAUUUUGUUAAUCGCUGCUGUGGUUUUUGUGGUGCGAAGACUGAUCUUUAGUUUAUGGCGUAGUAAUAAAAUUAAGCUAAAUUAAUUUUUACAACAAAAAUGUUGAGUAGCUUUAAAUAAAUUAUCAGAGAGUUA